CUCUCGUAUAAUCUCGCGCGAGCGGCGGCGCCCGCCCUUUCCGUCGGCGCGGCGGCACCAUGGCGGUGGGCAAGAACAAGCGCCUCACCAAGGGCGGCAAGAAGGGCGCCAAGAAGAAAGUGGUUGAUCCCUUCUCCAAAAAGGACUGGUACGAUGUCAAAGCGCCAGCAAUGUUUAAUAUCCGAAACAUUGGAAAGACGCUUGUCACCAGGACCCAAGGAACAAAAAUUGCUUCUGAUGGACUUAAGGGUCGAGUAUUUGAAGUGAGUCUGGCUGACCUGCAGAAUGAUGAAGUUGCCUUCCGUAAAUUUAAACUCGUAACUGAGGACGUUCAGGGAAAAAACUGUCUGACCAAUUUCCACGGAAUGGACCUGACCCGGGACAAGAUGUGCUCCAUGGUCAAAAAAUGGCAGACGAUGAUUGAAGCCCACAUCGACGUGAAGACYACAGAUGGCUACCUGCUGCGCCUCUUCUGCGUGGGCUUCACCAAGAAGCGCAACAACCAGAUCCGCAAGACCUCGUACGCCCAGCACCAGCAGGUCCGCCAGAUCCGCAAGAAGAUGAUGGAAAUCAUGACCCGGGAGGUGCAGACCAACGACCUCAAAGAAGUUGUCAAUAAGCUGAUCCCAGACAGCAUUGGCAAAGACAUAGAGAAGGCCUGUCAGUCCAUCUACCCCCUGCAUGACGUCUAUGUCCGCAAGGUUAAGAUGCUCAAGAAGCCUAAAUUUGAAUUGGGCAAACUCAUGGAACUUCACGGUGAAGGUGGUGGCGCUGGAAAACCCUCUGGGGAUGAGGCAGGCGCUAAAGUAGAGCGAGCCGAUGGAUAUGAGCCGCCCGUGCAAGAGUCUGUUUGAAAUUAAAAAAGGCUCCAAAAUAAAGUUUUAAUAUACAGAAC